GAGCGCUUCCGGGGCGGCGGCGAGGGAGGUAGAAGUGCAGUGUCCUGGCAGGUGGCUGCUGUCUCUGGGCGGGCCUGGGAGGCUCCCGAGGUGGGGGCCGGGUUGGGAUGGCUGCAGCGGCGGCCGGGGCCGGGAGCGGGCCCUGGGCGGCCCAGGAGAAGCAGUUCCCGCCGGCGCUGCUGAGUUUCUUCAUCUACAACCCGCGCUUCGGGCCGCGUGAAGGAGAGGAGGAAAAUAAGAUUUUAUUUUAUCAUCCAAAUGAGGUAGAAAAGAAUGAAAAGAUUAGAAAUGUCGGAUUGUGUGAAGCUAUUGUACAGUUCACAAGGACCUUUAGCCCAUCAAAACCUGCAAAAUCUUUACAUACCCAGAAGAAUAGACAAUUCUUCAAUGAACCAGAAGAACAUUUCUGGAUGGUCAUGAUUGUUCGGAAUCCUAUAAUUGAAAAACAGAGUAAAGAUGGAAAACCAGUUAUUGAAUAUCAAGAGGAAGAGUUGUUGGACAAGGUUUAUAGUUCCGUGCUACAGCAGUGCUACAGCAUGUACAAGCUUUUUAAUGGAACAUUUCUGAAAGCCAUGGAAGACGGAGGCGUCGAGCUUCUGAAAGAAAGAUUAGAGAAAUUCUUCCAUCGGGUAAGUACUUUGAAUUUCAUUUAUAACUUUAGUGAGCAUUCAGCAGAUUUUUAGAGAAAUAUGGACGGGCAAGUUUGUUUCUUACGUACAAAAAACCCAGAACUUGAAAGUGGCAAAGAGCCUGAGACGGACCGUCGUAAAACUGGAGCAGCGAGGAACCGUGUGAGGCGUACGCUCUGGACCCUCCUCCAGCUGUAAGGCAGAGCUUCCUGCAUUCGCCCGGAGCUCUUAAAGAGUCCUGGAGUCAUCGUUUGGCCUCCUUGUGUUUUACCUGCGUCUGUUCUGGGCUUACCCAGCAGCCGUCUUUUGUGUGAUGGAUGAGUUGAUAAGGAAAACGUGAUUAUUGGAGUUGCACAUUCUUAGGGAUGGGCUCUGUUCACUAAACAGGCAUAAGCUGUGUUGAUGCAGGAAGAGUUACUGAGUUACUGGCUGUGGGCCUUUGUCAGAUGAGUGAUUAGGGACAUGUGUCCCAAGUGGUGUUCUCUUCCAUUGUGUUUGAAUUUUGCAUAUUUCACCCGACCUUG